UCUAUCUGUUUAGCAGAUGUUAACUAGUGACUUAUCGUAAAAAAAUAAAACCAAAGCAAAAAAAUGCACGAUUUAAUAAAUCACUAAGCACUUGAUGACAUCGUGAGUGAUCAUUAAUUAAUAAUCACGUGAUUUCUUUGACACUUGUUUCGGUUUCUAGUCAUUGUUCUUUAGAUAGAAUUAGAAAAGAUGACAGAAGUGUGUCAGACAAAAUUACAAAUUAAUUUUAAAAAUUUCCCAUUUCAUUAUUAUUAUUUUUCAAACGAAAUAUUUUUAAAAUUUUCUAUUUUUCUUUAAUCGUUUCUAUGGCAACGAGUUUUUAAUAUGUCAAUAUUUAUUAAAAAGAACAUUGUUAUUGACAAUUCUAAUGGUCACAACAUCUUACUUUUUUAAAUUAAUAUAUAUUAUUUCUUAUUUUAUAAGCGCUAAUAGAUUGAUUUUUGUGUUUAAAUCAGAAAAUGCCAUUAAAAACACCAAGAGGAAAAAAAUAUGAAACUGAUUUAUCUCGGACUGCAUCAAAGUAUAAUACUAGUAAUAUUGAAGAGCAAGAAGAUUAUAGAAUAGGAAAAGAAUUUUUAAAACCUUAUGAUCAGUUGGAAUUAAAUGAAAAAGAGCUUGAAGAGAAAAUAACAAGAAUUCUUAAAAUAGAUAAUCCAAAUACUGCUGUCAAUACUGUUGUUUAUAGCUUCAAGGAAUGCUCUUUUAUACCAGUUAACAAUAUUCCACAAACAGAAAUUUUGUAUUCAUUAAAAGGAAGCCUUAAAUCUAAAAUUACUGAAGAAAAUAUCAGAGAAUAAAACUAAUGGAAAAUUAGAAGAACUGGAACCACACUGGGCUGAGCAAGCAGAAAAAUUAGAGACAUUGUAAAAAUUUAAUGUUAUUUAUGAAAUACAGUAUAGAAAUUCAUUAAUUCAGCACCUGACAUUCUGCAUUAUCAGGUGCUGAAUUAACUUGUACCUUGGCACCUUCUGAAAAAUAGCCAAUAAUCUAAAAUUGUCUGAUGAUAAUCUGGCAUGCUAGUACAGUAGACCAGUGUUUUUCAACCUUCUUGAAUAAGCGACCCCUUUACAAGUUAAAAAAUUCUGACGACCCCCCAGGGCCAUAUUAAAACUAUG